AUGUCGGUAUCAGCUGGGCAACCUGGAGCCGUUGACGGCGCAGUCCAGCUCGAUACUCUCACCCGGAAAGCCACGCAGAGCCCGCAUCGAUCCGACAUAUGCUGCAUAUUCCUCCAUGCCGGGGCUGGCUAUCACAGUCAUGCAAACGAGCAGAUUCACCUUGAGGCGUGCAAUGAUGCAGCGCAGGUUGCAAUGUUGAUCCUGCGGAACGGUGGAUCGGCAUUGGAUGCCGUCGAGAUGGCUGUGAAGAUCCUUGAGGAUCGAGAGAUCACCAAUGCCGGAUAUGGGAGCAAUCUGGCCAUGGACGGUGUCGUGGAGUGUGAUGCCUCUAUUGUAGAUCAUUACGGUCGUAGCGGGGCUGUUGGGGCAGUAUAUCAGAUCAAGAACCCCAUAUCGCUCGCCCGACUCGUACUGAAUCAUACAACCCAAUCACUCACCCUCCGCCGUGUACCGCCCAACCUCUUGGUCUCUCAAGGUGCGCUUCAAUUUGCGCGAGAGAUGGGUGUUCCAGAGGUCCCAUACGACGCACUUGUUUCACCUGCCGCGAAAGAGAGAUGGAUCAAAUGGCACCAAGACCUCAAAGUAGCAGAGCGCAAAGCCAGGAAGAAUGGUCUGCAUCCUUCCUGUUGGAGAGUCAGGGAGGCAACAACAGCUGAGGAUGAGGCAGAACAGGAACGCUUGCGCCGAGAGCAUACCAGGAGCAUGCAUGGAUAUCCACGAUCCGGACCUGAGUCCCCGAUUACUUUCGAGCAGUCCCUUUACUAUGCCAUGGAUGAUAACUCGUCCACAAGCCCAUCUGAUCCAUCUGGGCCCAACUCCGAUAUUUCUAUCGCUAGCUUGAGUGGCGCUCGCAUAGCUACACCAGAAUCAGUUCAUUCUGACCCAUCGCCCGACCUCAUGCCAGCUCGGCCAGCAUCCAUAGAAGAGUCUUCUAGAAGUGCUUUUAUUAAUAGCACGCAAAAGGUUCCCACGUUGCAACGAUUCCGAGGUCCGCGUGCUUCCGGACACUCCCCUAUGGGUUUAAUCGCUGAGGAUGGAGUGACAAUGGAUGCCAGCCGGGCUGGCUUCCAUGCGCGAAGGUCAUGGGGGGAUGGAUCUGGCGAGGAAUCAGAGUCGGCUUCCAGUGCCGCGACGAUGAGGCUGUCAAAAGAAGAAGACAUCGCACUGUUACCUGAUGUGCUCAAAGAUUCGGAGGUUACACGCCCUUCAAGACGCGGCACACCUAUAUCAGGGACGGCUCAAAGCACCAACUUGAUGCCAACCGCGAGUGUGCCUCUGGCUGACCGCUUGGACCAAGAGGAGGAUCACAUCACCGAUACUGUAGGUGCCGUCGCUGUCGAUGGCUGGGGCAAUAUUGCGUGUGCUGCAUCUUCCGGUGGGAUUGGCAUGAAGUAUCGGGGGCGUGUUGGUCCAGCUGCACUCGUUGGGGUAGGCACUGCCGUCAUAUCUAAGGACCCCAAUGACCCGGACGAGACAUGCGUCGCGACUGUCACGAGCGGCACUGGAGAGCACAUGGCCACGACUAUGGCUGCCACUGUCUGUGCCGAGAGACUGUACCAGAGCGUAAAGAAACAGAAGGGCGGGGAGUAUGCCGAAGCUACAGAGGAUGAAGCUCUCAGAUCGAUGAUCGAAAAUGAGUUCAUGGGGCAUCCAAGUGUGAAAAACAGCAACUCAGCGGGCGCUAUCGGAAUACUCGGAGUCAAGAAAACCCGGCAGGGAGUCAUGCUAUACUAUGGCCACAAUACCGAUUCCUUUGCAAUGGCCUCGAUGCACUCAGAUGAGGAUGCCCCUUGGUGUACAAUGUCACGCAACAAUGGCAACGGACAGAUCGCCCAAGGUGGCCGGAUGAUGCGAUAUCAGCGAAAGAAAAAGUCCAAAACGACGUCCAUUCGCCCUCAGUUUGCUUGA